AUGGCAAAACUAAUCACCGUCAUUGGCGUAACAGGCAAUCAAGGCGGCUCCGUCGCGCAGCGCUUCCUCAAAGACCCCAACUAUCGCGUCCGCGGGGUAACGCGCAACGCGGCCUCAGCAGCAGCGCAGAAGCUUGCCAGCCAAGGCAUCGAGAUCAUGCAAGCCGAUCUCGACGAUGUCGCGAGUCUGCGCAGAGCGUUCGAGGGCUCACACGUGAUCUUCAGCGUCACGAAUUACUGGGAGCCAUUCUUCCGCCCAGAUUGUCGAGCACAGGCUGCGGAGAGGGACAUCUCGUACCGGAAAUUCGCGUACGAGGUUGAGCUGCAGCAGGGGAAGAAUAUUGCGGAUGCGGCGGCGGCAGUGGCGGGGGGGUUGGAUGGGAAUGGGCUUAUUGCGUCGACGUUAAGUCAUGCGGGAAGGUGUAGCAAGGGGGCCUUUGGGGAGCUUUAUCACUUUGAUGCAAAGGCGGAUGUGUUUCCUGGAUAUGUGAAUGAGAAGCAUCCGGAGUUGGCGAAGAAGAUGUCGUGUGUUCAGACGGGGUACUUUAUGAGUAGCUAUAAACUCGCCAUUGGGGCGUAUUUUAACAAGGAGACGGCAGAUGGCACGUUUCAGAUGAGCUUCCCGACUUCCCCGGAUGCUCAAGUGCCUCAUCUUGAUGUUAAUUCCGAUACCGGGACCUUUGUCUAUGCUGUUUCCCAGAUGCCGCCAGGUAGGAAUUACAUAGCUGAGGCAUCGAGACCUACUUGGCCCGAGUUCUUGAAGACAUGGGGUAAGGUUACAAAACAGCCCACAAAGUACCAAGAGAUCACUCUUGAGCAGUUCAUUGCGGCGUCACCAGACAAAGCGUUUGGGGAGGAGGCAGGAGAUAUGUUCGCAUACUCUUCAAGUCCGGGAUAUGACGGUGCAGAUCCAACGCUCUUGAAGGCGGCAGAUCUCGAAAAGGCCGGCAUUAAAUGCCCAAUGACCAGCCUAGAGGAGUUCUUCAAAAAACAAGACUGGACACCGGUUCUUGAACAAUAA